UUUACCGCCUUUUUAUUUCUCGGUGCGCAGGCCGGGCCGGUAAUUAAGGUUAAAAUCCCCAAGGACAGAGACGGCAGACCCAAGCAGUUCGCGUUUGUGAACUUCAAACAUGAAGAGUCUGUCCCUUACGGGUUGAGCCUGCUCAACGGGAUCAAGCUGUACGGAAGGCCCAUCAAAAUUCAGUUCCGAUCAGGGAGCAGUCACGCCUCUCAGGACGGGAAUCCUUCUUGUUCCCCACACGGAGCUGCCAACACUAGCCCGUCUGGCACACCGCAUCCGGCCUCGAGCUGCAGCAGAUACGACAGGAGCGCUGAAGGGACGGUAGCAGCAGGGUUCUCACCGGUGCAGCGGUCUCUGCCGUCAGCCGAGAACCUUCAGAGACAAGCGGUGAUGAGCAGCGCCGGGUGGCAGCAGCAGCCUCACUUCGCAGGGAAGCACGAGCCGCCCGGCUUCACCCCACCCGGCUACCAGCACGCUCCUCACACCUUCCACCCCUCACCAGCUCCCCCGGGGCUGCGGCGCCCCGAGACCCCAGCGCUGCGCAAGGGCCGGCUGAGCGCCCACCCCUACCACCCCGACAGCAGGCACUUUGGCCGCGAGCCGCGCUUCGGGGAGCGGGGCCACGACCACGGCCGCGCCAAGAGGGAGGAGUACAGCGAUGCCAGCGCCGAGCAUCACUACAGGGCGGGCCGGGAGGAGCCCAGCUAUGAGGACAGGCACCGGGACGGCUGGAGCCACGACUACGACUACCGCAGGGAGAGCUACAGGGAGGCCAAGUGGCACCUGUCGUGGCAUUAGCGCCCUUUUAAUGAACUUGACAGCCAGAAAAGCUCCAUGUUUCUUACAGAAUAUAAAACACAUAAAAAAAGAAAAACCCCACAAAA